AUGGCACAGAGUGGAAACGGAUCAGCAUGUGAGACUGAUUUUACGCCACUUGGUACCGGACAAGAGCUUAACUUUGAAGAUGACACACUGAAAAGUAAAGAUUCUUACAACUGUUAAUAGUGUAUCACCAAAUGGCCUUUAACAAAGCAAACUAAAAAUUGUUGUUGUCAGUGUGGUCAUAGCCGCCAAAUGUCUAUAAGUAGCAAACGGGAUUUAUCUAAUUAACAAUGUUUUUAUGAGAAAUUUUUAUCAACAAAGUAUUAUCAAUAACGAGGGCGGUUGCAAAUUAUGACUAUUAUCUUCUUAAGUUCUAUAAGGCUAUGAUAUACAAGUAAACUUAACCGAGUUUCACUUAAUUGGACCAAAAAGAAAUAAUAUGUUUUUUAAGAGUUAUUCUAAUGACGGCAUAUUGCUGCAAUUAACCCCUGAUUCUGUUUUUAAAUAUGGCUCUUUCAGCGUUACUGAAGUGGCACUGUAACUCGCUGCUACUGAAUGGAUUGACUACGUAACAAAAUAAUGAAUAAUUGAAAAAAAACAUCGCUUUGAAUCUGAAGAUGAAUCAGCCACUGAGGUUGUCGAAAUGUAGGUUGGCAAUGGAUGGUUACUAGGGUGGCCUGAGCCGUGAGUUGGCCACUGAAUUCUUGAAAGCAGUUUCACUCUUGAUCGAAAGUGCAAUGCAAAUCUGAUUCAGAUUACGUGUACUGUCCUGUUGUACGAAAAUGACUUCGCCGAGCGUUUUAUGACUGCCUGCCACAAUAUUUGAUUUGUUUCAAUUAAAGUUUUAUACUAAAGUAAGUUGACCACUUGUGGUAAAAUGAAUGGCUGUUUUGGUCGCAGUGCUUAUGCAAUUGAAGAUAAUAUUAAUGUACAUCUUUAUGCUGAUUUUUCCAGAGCAAACCAUUAUGGCACAGAGUGGAAACGGAGCAGCAUGUGAGAGUGAUGUUACAUCACUUGGUACCGGACAAGAGCUGAAUUUUGAUGAUGACACACUGAAAAGUAAAGAUUCUUACAACUGUUAAUAGUGUAUCACCAAAUGGCCUUUAACAAAGCAAACUAAAAAGUGUUGAUGCCAAUGUGGUCAAAGCCGCCAAAUAUCUAUAAGUAGCAAACGGGAUUUAUCUAAUUAACAAUGUUUUUAUGAGGAAUUUUUAUCGCCAAAGUAGUAUCAAUAACGAAAGCUAUUGCAAAUUAUGAAUAAUAUCUUCUUAAGUCCUAUAAAGCUAUGAUAUACAAGUAAACGUAACCAAGUUUCACGUUAUUGGACCAAAAAGAAAUAAUGUGUUUUUUAAGGGUCAUUGUAAUGCUGCACAUUGCUGCAAUUAACUCCCGAUUCUGUUUUUAAAUAUGCUUCUGUCACGCGUUACUGAAGUGGCACUGUAACUCGCUGCUACUAAAUGGAUUGACUACGUAACAAAAUAAUGAUAAUUGAAAAAAAAAACAUCGCACCGAAUCUGAGGAUCAAUCAGCUACCGAGAUUGUCCAAACGUAGGUUGGCAAUGGUUGAUUACCCGUGAGUGGGGCAUUGAAUUCUGGAAAGCCGUUUCAUGUCUUGAUUGAAAGCGCAAUGGAAAUAUGAAUCAGAUUACGUGUACUGUCCUGUUAUAUAAAAAUGACUUUACCGCGCGUUUCAUGAGUGCCUGCCACAGAAUUGUUUAAUUGAUUUGUUUCAAUUAAAGUUUUAUACUAAAGUAAGUUGACCACUUGUGGUAAAAUGAAUGGCUGUUUUGGUACCAGUGCUUAUAAAAUUGAAUAUAAUAUUAAUUUACAUCUUUAUGCUGAUUUUUCCAGAUCAAACCAUUAUGGCACAGAAUGGAAACGGAGCAGCAUGUGGGAGUGAUGUUACAUCACUUGGUACCGGACAAGGGCUGAACUUUGAUGAUGACACACUGAAAGGUAAAGAUUGUUACAACUGUUAAUAGUGUAUCACCAAAUGGCCUUUAACACAGCAAACUAAAAAGUGCUGUUGUCAAUGCGGUUAUAGCCGCCAAAUGUUUAUAACGAGCAAACGGGAUUUAUCAGGGGCACCCAACGUCAAUUUUCGGAAAAUAUCUGUUCGGAACACGAUUUGAGAUCUAGAAUUUUCGGAACAUUUUUUGUAAAAUUUCUUGCUUGCCUGCCUCUCCUAGGAUUUUCGAACAUCUAAAAAUUGGUGUAAUUGCCCAUUUUUAAAGGAUUUUUACCCUAAAAAGCUCACCUAGAAUUUUCGAGAGCCUUUUUUCUGGCUGAAAUUUUCGAAAAGGUAAGUUUUGAUCCCUUGAUUUUCGCAUCUCGAGACUUUCAGCUAGGAAAUCCGAACACAUGAAACAUUUUUAGGGGAUAAAAAUAUGCCUAUAUCUACCGUUUAAAUACUAAAAUACGUUUAACAAUGCUAUGUUUAAGUGGUUUUGAACUAUAUUCUCGUUGGGUGCCCCUGAUUUAUCUAAUUAACAAUGUUUUUAUGAGGAAUUUUUAUCAACAAAGUAUUAUCAAUAACGAAAGCUGUUACAAAUUAUGACUAUUAUGUUCUUACGUUCUAUAAGGCUAUGAUAUACAAGUAAACUUAACAGUGUUCACUUAAUUGGACCAAAAAGAAAUAAUAUGUUUUUUAACAGUUAUUGUAAUGAUGGCACAUUGCUGCAAUUAACCCCUGAUUAUGUUUUUAAAUAUGGCUCUUUCACGCGUUACUGAAGUGGCACUGUAUUUCGCUGCUACUGAAUGGAUUGACUACGUAACAAAAUAAUAAAUAAUUUAAAAAAAAAACAUCGCCCUGAAUCUGAAGAUGAAUCAGCCACUGAGGUUAUCCAAACGUAGGUUGACAAUGGUUGGUUACUACGGUGGCCUGAGCCGUGAGCUGGCCACUGAAUCCUGAAAAGCACUUUCACUCUUGAUGGAAAGUGCAAUGCAAAUCUGAUUCAGAUUACGUGUACAGUGUCCUGUUGUAUGAAAAUGACUUCGCAGCGCGUUUUAUGACUGCCUGCCACAAUAUUUGAUUUGUUUCAAUUAAAGUUUUAUACUAAAGUAAGUUGACCACUAGUGGUAAAAUGAAUGGCUGUUUUGGUCGCAGUGCUUAUGCAAUUGAAGAUAAUAUUAAUGUACAUCUUUAUGCUGAUUUUUCCAGAGCAAACCAUUAUGGCACAGAGUGGAAACGGAGUAGCAUGUGAGAGUGAUGUUACAUCACUUGGUACCGAACAAGGGCUGAACUUUGAUGAUGACACACUGAAAAGUAAAGAUUCUUACAACUGUUAAUAGUGUAUCACCAAAUGGCCUUUGACAAAGCAAACUGAAAAGUGUUGAUGUCAAUGUGGUCAUAGCCGCCAAAUAUCUAUAAGUAGCAAACGGGAUUUAUCUAAUUAACAAUGUUUUUAUGAGGAAUUUUUAUCGCCAAAGUAGUAUCAAUAACGAAAGCUAUUGCAAAUUAUGAAUAUUAUCUUCUUAAGUCCUAUAAAGCUAUGAUAUACAAGUAAACGUAACCAAGUUUCACGUAAUUGGACCAAAGAGAAAUAAUGUGUUUUUUAAGGGUCAUGUAAUGCUGGCAUAUUACUGCAAUUAACUCCCGAUUCUGUUUUUAAAGAUGCUUCUGUCACGCGUUAUUGAAGUGGCACUGUAACUCGCUGCUACUAAAUGGAUUGACUACGUAACAAAAUAAUGAUAAUUGAAAAAAAAAAACAUCGCUCCGAAUCUGAAGAUCAAUCAGCUACCGAGAUUGUCGAAACGUAGGUUGGCAAUGGUUGGUUACCCGUGAGUGGAGCAUUGAAUUCUGGAAAGCCGUUUCAUGUCUUGAUUGAAAGCGCAAUGGAAAUAUGAAUCAGAUUACGUGUACUGUCCUGUUAUAUGAAAAUGACUUCACCGAGCGUUUCAUGACUGCCUGCCACAGAAUUGUUUAAUUGAUUUGUUUCAAUCAAAAUUUUAUACUAAUGUAAGUUUACCAUUUGUGGCAAAAUGAAUGGCUGUUUUGGUCGCAGUGCUGAUACAAUUGAAGAUAAUAUUAAUUUACAGCUUUAUACUGAUUUUUCAGAUCAAACCAUUAUGGCACAGAGUGGAAACGAACCAGCAUGUGAGAGUGAUUUUACGCCACUUGGUAUCGGACAAGGGCUGAACUUUGAUGAUGACACACUGAAAAGUAAAGAUUCUUACACCUGUUAAUAGUGUAUCACCAAAUGGCCUUAAACACAGCAAACUAAAAAGUGUUGUUGUCAAUGUGGUCAUAGCCGCCAUAUGUUUAUAAAGAGCAAACGGGAUUUAUCUAAUUACCAAUGUUUUUAUGAGGAAUUGUUAUCAACAAAGUAUUAUCAAUAACGAAAGCUUUUGCUAAUUAUGACUAUUAUCUUCUUAAGUUCUAUAAGGCUAUGAUAUACAAGUAAACUUAACCGCGUUUCUUUUUAUUGGACCAAAAAGAAAUAAUAUGUUUUCUAAGAGUUAUUCUAAUGAUGGCACAUUGCUGCAAUUAACUCCUGCUUCUGUUUUUAAAUAUGGUUCUGUCACGCGUUACUGAAGUGGCACUGUAACUCGCUGCUACUAAAUGGAUUGACUACGUAACAAAAUAAUGAAUAAUUGAAAAGAAAACAUCGCUCUGAAUCUGAAGAUGAAUCAACUACCGAGAUUGUCGAAACGUGAGUUGGCAGUGGUUGGUUACUAGGGUGGCCUGAGCCGUGAGUGGGGCAUUGAAUUCUGGAAAGCAGUUUCAUGUCUCGAUUGAAAGCGAAAUGGAAAUAUGAAUCAGAUUAACUGUACUGUCCUGUUAUAUGAAAAUGACUUCACCGCGCGUUUCAUGACUGCCUGCCACAGAAUUGUUUAAUUGAUUUGUUUCAAUAAAAAUUUUAUGCUAAUGUAAGUUUACCAUUUGUGGCAAAAUGAAUGGCUGUUUUGGUCGCAGUGCUUGUACAAUUGAAGAUAAUAUUAAUUUACAGCUUUGUACUGAUUUUUCCAGAUGAAACCAUCAUGGCACAGAGUGGAAACAGAGCAGCAUGUGAGAGUAAUGUUACAUCACUUGGUACCGGACAAGGCCUGAACUUUGAUAAGGACACACGGAAAGGUAAAGAUUCUUACAACUGUUAAUAGUGUAUCACCAAAUGGCCUUUAACACAGCACACUAAAAAGUGUUGUUGUCAAUGUGGUCAUAGCCGCCAAAUGUUUAUAAAUAGCAAACGGGAUUUAUCUAAUUAACGAUGUUUUUAUGAGGAAUUUUUUAUCAACAAAGUAUUAUCAAUAACGAAAGCUGUUGUAAAUUAGGACUAUUAUCUUCUUAAUUUCUAUAAGGCUAUGAUAUGCAAGUAAACUCAACCGAGUUCCACUUAAUUGGACAAAAAAGAAAUAACAUGUUUAUUAAGAGUUAUUCUAAUGAUGGCACAUUGUUUCAAUUAACUCCCGAUUCUGUUUUGAAACAUGGUUCUGUCACGCGGCACUGUAACUCGCUGCUACUACAUGGAUUGACUACGUAACAAAAUAAUGAAUAAUUGAAAAAAAAAAAGAUCGCUCUGAAUCUGAAGAUCAAUCAGCUACCGAGAUUGUCGAAACGAGAGUUGGCUGUGGUUGGUUACUAGGGUGGCCAGAGCCGUGAGUGCUGCAUUGAAUUCUGGAAAGGAGUUUCAUGUCUUGAUUGAAAGCGAAAUGGAAAUAUGAAUUAGAUUACGUGUACUGUCCUGUUAUAUGAAAAUGACUUCACCGCGCGUUUCAUGGUUGCCUGCCACAGAAUUGUUUAAUUGAUUUGUUUCAAUAAAAAUUUUAUACUAAUGUAAGUUUACCAUUUGUGGCAAAAUGAAUGGCUGUUUUGGUCGCAGUGCUUAUACAAUUGAAGAUAAUAUUAAUUUACAGCUUUAUACUGAUUUUUCCAGAUCAAACCAUCAAGGCACAGAGUGGAAACAAAGCAGCAUGUGAGAGUGAUGUUACAUCAGUUGGUACCGGAGAAGAGCUGAAUUUUGAUGAUGACACACUGAAAGGUAAAGAUUCUUACAACUGUUAAUAGUGUAUCACCAAAUGGCCUUUAACACAGCAAACUAAAAAGUGUUGCUGUCAAUGUGGUCAUAGCCGGGAAACAUCUAUAAGUAGCAAACGGGAUUUAUCUAAUUAACAAUGUUUUUAUGAAGAAUUUUUAUCAACAUCGUAUUAUCAAUAACGAAAGCUGUUGCCAAUUAUGACUAUUUUAUUCUUUAGUCCUAUAAAGCUAUGAUAUACAAGUAAAGUUAACCGAGUUUUACUUAGUUGGACCGAAAAGAAAUAAUGUGUUUUUUAAGGGUCAUUGUAAUGAUGGCACAUUGCUGCAAUUAACUCCCGAUUCUGUUUUUCAAUAAGGUUCUGUCACGCGUUACUGAAGUGGCACUGUAACUCGCUGCUACUAAAUGGAUUGACUACGUAACAAAAUAAUGAAUAAUUUAAAAAAAACAUCGCUCUGAAUCUGAAGAUAAAUCAGCCACUGAGGUUGUCGAAACUUAGGUUGGCAAUGGUUGGUUACUAGGGUGGCCUGAGCCGUGAGUUGGCCACUGAAUUCUGAAAAGCACUUUCAAUCUUGAUAAAAAGUGCAAUGCAAAUCUGAUUCAGAUUACGUGUACAGUGUCCUGUUGCAUGAAAAUGACUUCGCCGCGCGUUUUAUGACUGCCUGCCACAAUAAUUGAUUUGUUUUAAUAAAAGUUUUAUUCUAAAGUAAGUUGACCACUUGUCGUAUAAUGAAAGGCUGUUUUGGUACAAGUGCUUAUACAAUUGAAGAUAAUAUUAAUUUACAUCAUUAUGCUGAUUUUUCCAGAUCAAACCAUUAUGGCACAGAGUGGAAACGAACCAGCAUGUGACAGUGAUUUUACGCCACUUGGUACCGGACAAGGCCUGAACUUUGAUGAUGACACACUGAAAAGUAAAGAUUCUUACACCUGUUAAUAGUGUAUCACCAAACGGCCUUAAACACAGCAAACUAAAAAGUGUUGUUGUCAAUGUGGUCAUAGCCGCCAUAUGUUUAUAAAGAGCAAACGGGAUUUAUCUAAUUACCAAUGUUUUUAUGAGGAGUUGUUAUCAACAAAGUAUUAUCAAUAACGAAAGCUGUUGCAUAUUGUGACUAUUAUCUUCUUAAGUUCUAUAAGGCUAUGAUAUACAAGUAAACUUAACAGAGUUUCACUUAAUUGGACCAAAAAGAAAUAAUGUUUUUUAAGAGUUAUUCUAAUGAUGGCACAUUGCUGCAAUUAACUCCUGGUUCCUUUUUUUAAACAUGGUUCUGUCAUGUGUUACUGAAGUGGCACUGUAACUCGCUUCUUCUAAAUGGCUUGACUACGUAACAAAAUAACAAAUAAUUGAAAAAAAAACAUCGCUCUGAAUCUGAAGAUCAAUCAGCUACCGAGAUUGUCGAAACGUGAGUUGGCAAUGGUUGGUUACUAGGGUGGCCUGAGCCGUGAGGAGUUUGCCUUUUGGUCGAGGGUCGAGGGUCGAGGGUAACUAGUCGAGGGUGGAGGGUAAAUGGUCGAGGGUCGAGGGUAACUAAUCGAGGGUCGAGGGUAAAUGGUCGAGGGUCGAAAAAUCCUCCACAAUUAUUUCUGAACGUCGUCAAAUCAAAUUUUCAAGUAGGCUCGUGUUUACUCGAGGUUCCGGUGCCUGUUUUAUUUGUCUUGUGUUGUUUAUAACUUUUACACUCCCACGGUGAUGAAGGUGAUAUUACACUAACAUCUAGUGGCACGUGCAUCAUAUAUCGUUGUAACACUCGAGUAAAUAUUAUUGAAUAUUGAAAGCAGAGACCCAAUGGUUUUCUUGUCUAACGUUUCUCUCGCUUAUGAAAAGGCUGCUAAUCUGGUAACUUUCACUGUUUGUAUUUAAUAUUUCCCACGUCCACUAGUUUUGUCCUAUGUGAGACUUGGGUCAGCGUGAUUAUUUUACUGCCUGUAAGACAAAAACAUGGAAAACUCAACGAUAACAACGUAAUAAACACAACUUGUCAAAUGCCGCAUUCACAGACUUCACAGGCUGGCAAACAACUAUAGCAAAUACUAACAAGAAAUUCACACCAUCGGUUUAAAGCCUCUUGAAAUUCCGAAAUGAAAGCGAAGUGCGGAGGAGUAAAGGAAGAGAUCGAAAGUUUGUGGUGCAACGAGAACGGGACCGCGUGAUAAUUGGGUGAUUAGUAGCCUGCGAACCGCAGACGCAUUUCCGGUUGUCGCUUCUCUCCCUCCGUAGAGAAGCGACGACCGGAAAUGCGUCUGCGGUUCGCAGCCUAGGUGAUUAGUUAGCAUUCCGCCUGAUAAAAAGAUAAAAUCCACAACCUACCAGUUACAAUGUGCUCUCAGCAGCGCUUGAGCUUGGUUUACGAGAUUGGCGGUUGUAUUCGUUUUUGGCAGAAUCGAUAUAACCCAGAAGAGGUGUAUACCAAACGAACAGCGGAGAAACAAAAGUAAGGACGCGCUUUAGGGUGCUAAAAAAAAAACAGACGCGUUGUAUGGCGUUGUUCUUUAUUUGAUACAGUCGAACAUCCGGUUGCGACCACCUACUGUAAGCGACCGCCUCUGCUCAGCUACCAGUUUUCCAAAAUACGAAAAGUUUCCACGUCAAAUCACUAUAUUUGAAACCUCUUGUAUGCAACUACCUGUCUUAAAUGAUUCCGACCGCUUUUUAGAGCUAAAAGUUUGAAAUUUGCUUCUACUUUUUAACCAACUUUUUAACCAACCGUAAGUGAUCACUUGACAGAUAAGAGAGCAGAAAUUGGAUAAUAAGGUGUUGCAGCAUUAUCACAUUCUUAGGCAGUACAAGAGAUAGAAAUUUCUCAAAGGGAAGUACCGGGUGUUUUCUCGAAAUUGACUCUUUCUCAAAUCUAAAACUUUAAAGAAAAAAUGCAGAUGCAUUGUACUCUAUCUUAAAUCGAAUCUUAAAUGUCUUAUAGUUAAAGAAAAUUAGAGCUGAGAUCCUGCUUCAAAGUUCUCAGUCAACAGUUUAAUGGUAUUAUGGUAUUUAUUGAACUUCCUGUCACGCUUCUUUCCUUUGGUUGCUUUAUUUGGGAAUUUUAGGUUUUAAAUUGAAAAAAAAUUCAAAAACGAUUGUGGAGGAUUUUUCGACCCUCGACCAUUUACCCUCGACCCUCGACUAGUUACCCUCGACCCUCGACCAUUCACCCUCGACCCUCGACUAGUUACCCUCGACCCUCGACCCUCGACCAAAAGGCAAACUCGCCGUGAGUUGGCUACCGAAUUCUGGAAAGCAGUUUCGUGUCUUGAUUGAAAGCGCAAUGGAAAUAUGAAUCAGAUUACGUGUACUGUCCUGUUAUGUGAAAAUGACUUCACCGCGCGUUUCAUGGUUGCCUGCCACAGAAUUUUUUAAUCGAUUUGUUUCAAUAAAAAUUUUGUACUAAUGUAAGUUUACCAUUUGUGGCAAAAUGAAUGGCUGUUUUGGUCGCAGUGCUUAUGCAAUUGAAGAUAAUAUUAAUUUACAGCUUUAUACUGAUUUUUCCAGACCAAACCAUCAUGGCACAGAGUGGAAACGGAGCAGCAUGUGAAAGUGAUGUUACAUCACUUGGUACCGGACAAGGGCUGAACUUUGAUAAGGACACACUGAAAGGUUAAGAUUCUUACAACUGUUAAUAGUGUAUCACCAAAAGGCCUUUAACACAGCAAACUAAAAAGUGUUGUUGUCAAUGUGGUCAUAGCCGUCAAAUGUUUAUAAAGAGGAAACGGGAUUUAUCUAAUUAACAAUGUUUUUAUGAGGAAUUUUUAUCAACAAAGUAUUAUCAAUAACGAAAGCUAUUGCAAAUAAUGACUGUUAUCUUCUUAAGUUCUUUAAGGCUAUGAUAUACAAGUAAACUUAACUGAGUUUUAGUUAAUUGGACCAAAAAGAAAUAACAUGUUUUUUAAGAGUUAUUCUAAUGAUGGCACAUUGCUGCAAUUAACUCCUGAUUCUGUUUUUAAAUAUGGUUCUGUCACGCGUUACCGAAGUGGCACUGUAACUCGCUGCUACUAAAUGGAUUGAUUACGUAACAAAAUAAUGAAUAAUUGAAAAAAAAAUAUCUCUCUGAAUCUAAAGAUGCAUCAGCCACUUAGGUUGUCGAAACGUAGGUUGGCAAUGGUUGGUUACUAGGGUGGCCUGAGCUGUGAGUUGGCUACUGAAUUCUGAAAAGCAGUUUCACGUCUUGAUUGAAAGCACAAUGGAAAACUGAAUGAGAUUGCGUGACUGUCGCGCUUUUCAUUACUGCCUGUCACAGAAUUGUUUAAUUGAUUUGUUUGAAUAAAAGUUUUAUGCUAAUAUAAGUUUACCACUUGUGGUAAAAUGAAUAGCUGUUUUGGUACCAGUGCUUAUACAAGUGGAGAUAAUAUUAAUCUAAAGCUUUAUUCAAUGCUGAUUUUUUCAGAUGAGACCGUAAUGGCACAGAGUGGAAACGGAGCAGCAAAUGAGGGUGAUGUUACGUCACUUGGUACCGGACAAGAGCUGAAGCUUGAUGAUGUCACAUUGAAAGGUGAAGAUUCUUACAACUGUUAAUAGUGUAUCACCAAAAGGCCUUUAAGGUGAUUCCUUAGAAAAAGAAUCUAACAUAGAUUGUAGAUGAAACUUGGUACACUGAUGAAACAAGUCAAGAGGAUGAUAAAAAAUUAAUAAAAAGUGGGGGCACUGAGCUUGUUUUGACGUCACAAUGCUGACAAAUAGGGCUAUUUAGGACCCUUUGACAAAAACGGCGCACAGCCCAAAAUUAGACAAAAAGGAGAGGUUCUUUUUCGAUGAUGCAUGUGGUAUCGGACAGAAUUUGACUUUAAUGUAUUGUUUAUCUACUUACGUACCAGAAAAAUGCCUUUUAAUGCCCUUGUUUUUAAUUUACGUUCCAAAGUAGAAUUAAAUUGGACACCCGCUAUUCGACUCGUGAUAGCUCAAUCCGUACAAUUUAGUAAAAUUGCCAAAAAACUGAACAUAGAUUUGUGCCAAUUUUUUGUCUCAUCAAAAGGAAGCACCGUCCUUAUUAAAAUCAUGAAAUAAAAUAUGGGGGUCACCGUACUCGUUUAGAGCUGCAGGAAGUGCGCACCAAAUGCAUUUUCUCCGAUUUUUGAAAGAGGACUGGGGCGCGUUUCAAAAUGUCAUGUAUGUGAAAGGGGGAAGAAAGUAUUUAAAAAAUCCUUGUUUACAGAAUUUACAUCGAGAUAUCUCACUUAGGACACAGUGUGAUAAAGAAAGCGUUUAAAUUAAAAUAAAAGUAAGAACAAGUUUAACAUCCACUAUCGAGGUUCUCCGUGAGGAAGUCGAACUCAGUAACACGCGCGCGUACUGUUUCCGUUAUGCACAUUCCCAACACACUGAGUCUCUUCUCGGCAAGAAACCACCGCAAGCAAAAAUUCCAAUAGCUUUUCUCUUCAGUAAACUUCAUUUUAAUAAUGUUACUGAGAUGCUCUUUUUUUUCCGGCGGCCAUCUUCUUAUACGCAGUAAGAGAUGCGCAGUGCAAAUCCAGCGAAUCACCUUAACAUAGCAUACUAAGGAGAAAUGAAAUAAAAGAUACAGAAAAAAAAAGAAACGUCUUUUGAAAAAAUUCAACAUACAAAAGUGGUUAAAGAGUGAAAGUCGUUAAGCAUUAUGUCUAGGGUAGGUAGUUUUUCAAUUUUUUAUCUAGAUUAGGCUUGUUUUAGAUUUCGUGGUCAACGAAUUACUUUCUCUCGCGGAUUCACCGUUGUAUCCAGCACUGCAUUAGCUCCCGGCAAGUACGACUCCUAUCUUCCCGCCAACCCGAAAGAUGCACACGUACUGCGCAUAACGCUUCAGUAGUAUUCUCUAAACCUACAAAUUUAAUGCAUUUCAAGCUUUUUUGGCAGUUUUAACUUCAGAAAGUGAGUAAAUGAACGACCAAAUUUGCCACUGUUUCACAAGUCUGUGACCUAUGUCAGUCACGUCAUGGUCAUCGUCAUUUAUGAGUUAACAAGUUACACCAUUUGCCUAUCCGGGGAAUAAAUGAUCUUUGUCAUAUUUUUUGUUUUAAUCUAUAGCAAAGAGACGAAGACGGAAAUGUACACAAAAAAGUUGCACACGAUAGUCCGCAUUGUACUCUUAUCUUUUGUACUCACAAUUUUAAUUCACUAUAUUUUUUUUAUACCAUAGCAAGUUUCGUUCCCAAGGGUUAUUCCGGAUUCCAAGAGAUGUGAAUGAUCAUUCUGUUUUGGUCAAACCAACUAAAAAAAUACUUGCCAAAUUUUCCUACCCCAAAAGAAUCCUGGAAUCAAAAAUUUCAAACCCAACAAAUCCUUCGAUCAUCUCCGUCACUAAAGAUCCAGAGUAACUCCACUGGGGUUUCGUUCCACCCCAAAUCUCUUUAUCGAAAGUUUUGCUUAUGACGUACUUCACAACCGCAAAAAAGAUUGUCGAAUACGAAGCUGAAUCGGAGAGACCUACAAGUAAAAAGGAAACAACCAGGAAUGGGAAAAGAACCAAGUAUCCUCUAUUUUUUGGAAACCGAAAUACACUCAACUGGAAAACGAAGCACCCUCAACUCCGGUGAAAGGGCCUGAAAUAAAUUACAAUGGGGUGGGGUACUUGGGAUCAAACGUCUGUCUUGGAGACGGGAGAGCAUGGUAGAGUUUUAAAUCUUUAGGUCCUUACGUUGAGAAAUUUUACAGUAUUGUGGUGUUUGCCAAAUUUUCAUGCGGUACUUAUGUAAUUGUGGUCUUGAAUUCUGAUAUUGUUGCAUUAAUAAACAAGCGGAAUUUUUUUGUUUUUGGCUCGGUGAUUUUUAGCAUGGUUUUGUUGAAUUUGUCGAUUUUUUCUUUGCGGUGUUACGGAAUUCGGUAUACCCCUACCCCCUGCAAUCUUAAUUUUCGAGCAUGCGUAUACAUGAAAUUCUACUACAAGACCUGCUUCAAUAGCGUGAUGUGGUGCCCAAAUGCGGGUGUAGAAGGUUUUUACUUUAGUGUCAAACAGUAAUCUUCCCAUGAUAAUUUGUUAUGCGGUUGAAGACCCUGGUUGAACCCACGAACAGAAACAAUUAGAAAGAAAAUUAUAAUAAUGGAUGCCGAAAUCGUAUACUGUAACCACAGCACCUUGACAUGGUAUCAUUUAUUAUUAUUACUCAUUAUUAUUAUGAUUAUGAUUAUAAUUAUUAGCAUCAUUAAGAUUAUGAUUAUGAUUAUUAUGAUUUAUUAUUUGAAAAGGUUAUUUUAGUGUUAAUCCAAUCUUAAGUUUUUGUAAUUUCAAUGUGGUCAUAGCCUUCAAAUAUCUUUAAGUAGCAAACAGGAUUUAUAAUGGUAAUUGAACUGUGUGGAGUGCAAUUUGGUCUGAAAUCAUACGUGUGAUUUCAAAAUCGAACGAGUGCGCAGCGCGAGUUCGAUUUGAAAUCACAAGUAUGAUUUCAGACCAAAAUUGCUCGACACGAAGUUCAAUUACCACUUUAUUACAUCCAUUUUGAAGUCGCAGAAUUUAGUCAGUACUAAUAUUUUAUUGAUCAAGUAGCCGGUUUGUUAAAAAGCCAAAACAAAAAGGCUUUUAAAGCACAUUUUGUAUUCGAAACAGAAAUGAUGCGAUAUAGAACAAAAAUGGUGCGAUUUAAAACAGAAAUGAUGCGAUUUUGAACAUGAAUGACGCGAUGUGGAAUAGAUGCGAUUUAGAGCAAAAAAUGGUGCGAUUUAGGAAUAAAUCACACUGCUGAGAGCCAAUCAGAUUGCACGGAUAGCUAGUGAUUUCAAAGUGGAUGUAAUAACUCUAAUUAGCAAUGUUUUUAUAUCACGAAUUUUUAUCAACAAAGUAUUAUCAAUAACGAAAGCUGUUGCAAAUUAUGACCAUUAUCUCCUUCAGUCCUUAAAAGUUUCAAGUAAACUUAAUCGAGUUUCACUUGGACCAAAAAGAAACAAUAUGUUUAUAAGGGUCAUUCUAAAGGUGGCACAUUGCUGCAAUUGACUCCUGAUUCUGUUUUCAAAUAUGGUUCUGUCACGCGUUACUAAGGUGGCACUGUAACUCGCUGCUACUACAUGGAUCGAUUACGUAACAAAAAAAUCAUCGCUCUAAAUCUGAGGAUGAAUCAGCCACCGAGAUUGUCGAAACGUGAGUUGGCAAUGGUUGGUUACUAGGGUGGCCUGAGAGAGUGGGCUACUGAAUUCUGGAAAGCAGUUUCAUGUCUUGAUUGAAAGCGAAUCAGAUUACGUGUACUGUCUUGUAUAGAAAUGACCCCACCGCGAGUUUCAUGACUGCUUGCCACAGAAUUUUGACUGAUUUGUUUCAAUAAAAGUUUUCUACUAAUGUGAGUUUACCACUUGUGGCAAAAUGAAUGGCUGUUUUGGUACCAGUGCUUAUACAAGUGAAGAUAAAAUUAAUUUGAAGCUUUAAAUAUACUUGAUUUUUCCAGAUCAAACCAUUAUGGCACAGAGUGGAAACGGAGCAGCAAGUGAGAGUGAUGUUACUUCACCUGGUACCCGACAUGAGCUGAACUUUGAUGAUGACACACUGAAAGGUAAAGAUUCUUACAACUGUUAAUAGUAUAUCACCAAAAGGCCUUUAACAUAGCAAACUAAGGAGAAAUGAAAUAAAAGAUUAGAAAAGGAAAAAAAAAACGUCAUUUGAAAACAUUCAACAUACGGAAGUGCAUGGUUAAAGAGUCAAAGUCGUUAAACAUAAUCUCUACUGAAGGCGGUUUGAUAACUUUUUAUCUCGAUCAGGCUUUUUCUAGAAUUAGUGGCCGAAGAAUUCUUUUAUCAAGCGGAUACACCGUUAUAGACAAUACUGCAUUAGCUCCCGGCAAGUAUGAAAAGGAGUAUAAUUGGAAAAGAACCAAGUAUCCUGUAUUUUUUGGAAACCGAAAUACACUCAACUGGAAAACAAAGCACCCUCAACUCCGGUGAAAGGGCCUGCAACCAACUAAAAUGGGCCAGUUAAUUUGGAGUUGGGAAUUUACGUUACCUCUAGGUACUCCUACCCACGGUGGAACAUUUGGAAUCAAAAGUCUGUCUCGGGGAGGGGAGAGUAUGGUAGAGUUUUGCAUUUUUAGCCCCUUACAUUGACAAAUUUUGCGGUAUUCUGGUGUUCGGCAAAGUUUCACGAGGUACCUUUUAAACCCCUAGCCGCUCCAAUCUUAUUUUACAUGCGUUUACUUCUACUACAAGACCGGCUUCAAUAGUGUGAUAUUGUGCCCAGUUGCGGUUGUCGAAAGCUUUUCACUUUAGUACCAAACAAUAUUUCCAUGAUAAUUUGUUAUGUGGUUGAACCCAUCAACAGAAACAAUUAGAAAGGCAUUUAUAAUAAUGGAUGCCGAAAUUCUAUGGUGCAACCACAGCACCUUCACAUGGUACCUUUUAUAAUAAUAAUAAUAAUAAUAAUAAUAAUAAUAAUAAUAAUAAUAAUAAUAAUAAUAAUAAUAAUAAUAGAAAAGGUUAAUUUAGUGUUAAUCCAAUCUUAAGAUUUGGUAGUUUAUCAGGAAUUUUUAUCAACAAAGUAUUACUGAUCAAUAACGAAUUAAGUUUUUUACCUCAAGUUCUAAAAAGCUACAAGUAAUUUUAUUUCACUUGCACGAAAAUGAGAUAAUAUGUUUAUAAGGGUCAUUCUAAUGCUAGCACAUUGCUGCAAUUAACUCCUGAAUCUGUUUUCAAAUACACGCCGGGGUUGGUUCUGUCACGCGUUACUGAAGUGGCACUGUAACUCCCUGUUACUGAGUUGAUUGACUACGUAACAAAAUUAUUAUUCAUAACUGAAGAAAAAGAACAUUGCUCUGAAUCUGAAGAUCAAUCAGCCACCGAGAUUGUCGAAACGUAAGUUGGCAAUGGUUGGUUACAAAGCUGGCCUGAGCGAGUGAGUCAAUAAGUGACACCAUUUGCCUAACCGGGGAAUAAAUGACAUCUGUUAUUUUUUUUUAAUCAUCACUUGUAGCAAAGAGAUGAAGACGGAAAUGAACACAAAAAAUAGCUGGAUACGGCAGUCCCGUGUUGUACUUUUAUCCUACUCACAAUUAUAAUUCACCAUUUUAUUUUUGUUUUCUUUCUUUAUUUUUUCUUUCACCCUUCCUGUCGAAAGGAUAAGUUUACUGUUUUUAUUUCACGGUUACCGUUUUCCUCUAAUAAUAGCCGUCCCUCGAUUAAUCGCCUCCCUCGAAUAAUCGCCCCCCCCCUCCCGCCCUUGACGAAAAUAUUUAAAAUAAUCGCCCCCAACCUCUCGCGCCAUUUUUUCUUUCUUUUAUUCCCUCCCUGUCAAGUUAAAAAUUGAAAUCUUGGAUAACAAACAAAGCUUGUCAGGAGUGGAGUCUGAUGCAGGAAAACUGAUCAGUUACGAUUCAAGCUCUGGCGUCGAGGAUACUGUACUGACAUUGAAAAUAAACCCAAUAACCAAAUUUGGAACACUUAUAAAGCCCAUGUUCAGUAUAUUUGAUGUAGUUAUUUUUCGAUUUAAUGGCAUAAUAAAACAACCUGCUUUAUUUUUAGCAAUAGCUGAAGUCUACAAAACCGAAGGUAAUGAAGCGUACUUAAAGGAAGAUUACAGCAACGCCGUUUACUUUUAUACUGAGGGAAUUAAAGUAAACUGCAAGGACGAAGAUCUAAAGGCGAAACUGUACAGCAACAGAGCAUAUGCAAACCUUCGUUUAGGUAAGGCUACUUGUAUUUUCAAAAUAAAGAAAUAUUGCCUACUUUCUGAUUGGUUAACAACUGAUGUUGAAUGUUUGUGACUUGCUUUGGAAUAGUCCGCCAGGGGCUUACCAGCUUUCGCUUUUCUUGUUUGCUUUGAAUUUGCUUCGCUGCGUUUGCCGUGAGUGACUUUUUGCGGUUUGUUUGUAUUUUCAACAUUCGUAGGAAAUUACAUUUACUCACUGGUAGAUGCAAAAAACGCUGCGGACAUUCGACCAUUGUCAAUCAAACCAAUAAUAGCAGGUAAUUUUAGAAGACUUUUUUUGACUUAUUAGUAUCUAAGAAACAGACUGGGUUAUCAUAAUUAUACUUGUAAUGUUGGUAAUGUUUUAGUGACAACACCGCACGGCAGCCUUUAUUCAAUUCUUUUGCUUACAAAAGUUUAAACGGCUUCAAAGUUCAAAGGUUUAAAUAAUAUCGGAAGAAAUUGAAGUUUAGAUUUGGAGUUCAGAGCUUAACAAAGUCAUCAUAAAAUGUUUUUUUGUUCACGGGCUCUUGAUAGCACAAAAAUGGCAACUACAAUUUUGUACUCGUAGGCUACUUGCGAUUAGUCAGUUCAACGGCAUAGUUCUUCAUUCUAUUGAACAUAGGCACGUAUGACGUGCAUGACCUAUCAUGGAUGCUUCAGUGUAACUGUACAAAUGUACGUUUUUAACCCUAAUUUUAGAGUGGUUUUUUGUUUGAAAUUGUCCGGAAAUUGGGUAUUGCUGUACAUGAAAAUUAUGAAAGAAACAAAAUCAUGAUAACAGCUGAAAACGCGAAAGUUACGCACAACUGAGUCUAUAGAAAACUUAUUAGUCCAUCCUGAAGGAUUAUAUGCUUCUAGUUCAUCACACUGCGACCGACAUACAAAGAUAUUGAUACACUAUAAGAACACCGACAAAUGAGCUAUUUUGAAUGGUACAGGAGGGAAGAGGACAAGACUUAAAAAGUGUUUUCAGCAUGCUUUAAUUUUACAACUUCAGGAACGAAAGCGUUUGCAAAGUUAAAACUGUUUGAGCUGGCGAUCACGUGGUGUGACCAAGGAUUAGCAGUAUCCUUUUACUCUAAGUAUUCCUCCAUAGCUGAAAGAUGAUUUUUUUUUUUCGCAACUUGUUAUACACACUUCCGUUACGAUCUGAUUACCUUUUUUAUCGACUAACGGUUCGAUGCUUAUUUGAGGGCGGUGCUUAUCUAAAAUUCUUCUGCGAAUUACACAGAAGUACGUGAUAUUUGUUUAGUAUUUCUUUGUUUUGUUCAUAAACGACCGCAAAAACACAAACGUUAUUUCUAAUAAAAGUGAGUUUUUAAAAAGUCUGUGUAGUAAUAACAGUGUCAACGAUAUUAACAAGAGAGGACUAUCCUCUCUUUAACUAUGUUGCUGGGAGCUUGCUGCGUUUUCUACAGUUAUACCUGUAUCUGCUGUCACCCUUAAGAUAUGGGCGACCGCUAUAAGUAAGUUUCCUGUAAACUAAACUGGAUGUUGAGUUCGUCCAACGCUUGUAGUUCCCCCCAUUCGAUUGCCAUGAAAAGGUUAACUGAUUUGACGAUAUCCCUAGCAUUCAUUUUUCCGUGUCUUUGGGGCACACAUGGCAAAGUUUGCUCAUGAUUUGAUCGUAAUUCAAUUUGUUGACCUUUAUAAACAAGUAAAAAAUAAUGCAAUUGUGUACUUUGGGAGUCUAAAGGGUGACCCCAUCCGUUAUAGAGUGGAGGCCGCUCAAUAAAGAUCAACUUAUAUAACAUAUCCAGCAAUAUUUUCGGAGAGUUGUUCAGUAGCCGUAAUAUACAGGGUGACCGCUAUAUACAGGGCCGUACAGGUUGACUGUAUUUUUUUUUUGUUUGCUUCUAAGUAGGCUGCUCAUAAGGGGCAACGCUCUUCCGAUUCAAUACGGUACACGUUUUUUUUAAAAGAUGUCGUGUUUUCAAAGUGAAAAAAGGGGGGUGGGGUGUAUCUUGUUGUUUUCACCUAGUUGUGUAUAAUUUGAUACGAUCCGGAAGCUUGGUGGACUAGAAUCACAACAAAAUGAGAUAAGUUAAUUAUAUUCCACCAUUGCAACUUAAUUUCGAUAUUUUUUACACCUUAACAACUUGAAAAGAUCGACACGAAAAACACCACGUUGCUUGAACUAAGAAAACUGGCGUUGAAAUGCGUAAAUAAAGCGACAGGUAGAAGAGCCGUGGAGAACGAGGUAUUUUAUUUUAUUUCUAUAAAAGGGCAUUUUGAAUUGUUUUGAUUAAGUUGUCGAAGUGACAUACAUAUUACAUAUUAAUACUUAUUGCUGAUGAUACCAUAUGGUUGACUCUAAUACAAGAGAUUCCAUCGAUACCACCAUUUGUUCCUUUUCGGCGAAGGUUAAGUACAGUCGAAUGGCUGGUUCGUCUUUCUUGCAUUGAACUCAGCUGUUUCGAUUCAACCGAUGAUCAGUGAUGCAUGAUGGAGCUUGAAAAAGUUAAAUAUGAGAUUUCAAGGGUUUGAAUUAAUAUUGAUGGCAGUUAAUGUCUAUUUUCUAUCCACAUACAGCAUUCCCCAACUAAAAUAAAUAUUAGUUCAUAAACUACUAGAAAAACAUAGCGUCCGAAAAAUAGUUUUCUUACAGAAACUUUAGGCGCUUUCCAUUCAGCCAAAACGUCAGCUUGAGAUUUUUGGCAUUUUCCAGUAGCAAACGGAACAGCAUUUUUCAAAACUUCCAAAAAAGAGGACAACCUCGCCAGGUAUACCCAAUUUUUUUUUCGGAAGUUUUUUUUCUAUUCGUUUGUUCUCCGGGGAUUUCUAGGCAGACUUUUCGUUUGAAUGGUUCGCAUUUCGGAAAUUCAACAGUUUCCGGAAUUUCUGGAAACUUCUCCUGGAAAUUUCUGUACCAUUUGCCUCUGUUUCCAAAUUUUCGAAAGGUUUGGUUGAAUGUAAAGCGCCCUUGAUUCGCUGUCCGAUAACUUUCAUAGCCGAGAAAAUAAAUGAAGGAGAAGUCAAGGGGGACUAGUCAAAUAUCAGCUCUUGUAGUAUCCGUUUAAGAAAUAAAGUUCGUCAGUAAUACCCCUAUACUUGAGAGCAGGGGACACUGUGAUACUCUGAUACUCAGAAACUUGCUGUCCGAGCUAUAUGUGCCAAUCUGUUUUCAAAGUCACAAUCUCACGCAUCCAAGUAAUAAUAGCGGGAUUUUGUAUUGCUGGAAAUUUGGCUGCAGCAGUAUUAGCGGGAGUCGUCCGAAAUAUCGCGGUUAAAUCGGCAAGAAAAGAGUUUACUGUUCGUAUUGCCACAAAAAAUCUUGCCGGCUAUUUUCUUCCUCACGAAGCGUAUAACUUUAAAUUAAAAACAUCUUCUAUACCAUGACUUCCCUAUAAAGAGGUUUUGUUUUACAUUUUUACAGGCAUACCUGGAGUUUUAUCCGCUGGCUUUAACUAUCCUAAAAGAUACUGGAGACAAAGAUGGAGAAGCAACUAUAUAUAAUAACCUUGGCCUAGCCUAUAAGUCUCUUAGUGAAUUCAAAAAAGCAAUCGAGUUUUAUCAGCUGGCUUUGAGAAUCGCAAAAGAUACUGGAAACAAAGAUCAAGAAGCAAGUAUAUAUAACAACCUUGGCCGUGCCUAUCAGUCUCUCAGUGAUUUCAAAAAAGCAAUCGAGUUUCAUCAGCUGGCUCUAAGAAUCGCAAAAGAUACUGGAAACAAAGAUGAAGAAGCAACUAUAUAUAGCAACCUUGGCCUAGCCUAUCAGUCUCUCAGUGAAUUCAAAAAAGCAAUCGAGUUUUAUCAUCUGGCUCUAAGAAUCGCAAAACAUACUGGAAACAAAGAUCAAGAAGCAAGUAUAUAUAACAACCUUGGCGGUGCCUAUAAGUCUCUCAGUGAAUUCAAAAAAGCAAUCGAGUUUUAUCAGCUGGCUCUAAGAAUCGCAAAAGAUACUGGAAACAAAGAUCAAGGAGCAACUAUAUAUAACAACCUUGGCCUUGCCAACCAGUGUCUCAGUGAAUUCAAAAAAGCAAUCGAGUUUUAUCAGCUGGCUCUAAGAACCGCAAAAGAUACUGGAAACAAAGAUCAAGAAGCAACUAUAUAUAGCAACCUUGGCCUAGCCUAUCAGUCUCUCAGUGAAUUCAAAAAAGCAAUCGAGUUUUAUCAUCUGGCUCUAAAAAUCGCAAAACAUACUGGAAACAAAGAUCAAGAAGCAACUAUAUAUAACAACCUUGGCGGUGCCUAUAAGUCUCUCAGUGAAUUCAAAAAAGCAAUCGAGUUUUAUCAGCUGGCUCUAAGAAUCGCAAAAGAUACUGGAAACAAAGAUCAAGAAGCAACUAUAUAUAACAACCUUGGCGGUGCCUAUAAGUCUCUCAGUGAAUUCAAAAAAGCAAUCGAGUUUUAUCAGCUGGCUCUAAGAAUCGCAAAAGAUACUGGAAACAAAGAUCAAGAAGCAACUAUAUAUAACAACCUUGGCGGUGCCUAUAAGUCUCUCAGUGAAUUCAAAAAAGCAAUCGAGUUUUAUCAGCUGGCUCUAAGAAUCGCAAAAGAUACUGGAAACAAAGAUCAAGAAGCAACUAUAUAUAACAACCUUGGCGGUGCCUAUAAGUCUCUCAGUGAAUUCAAAAAAGCAAUCGAGUUUUAUCAGCUGGCUCUAAGAAUCGCAAAAGAUACUGGAAACAAAGAUCAAGAAGCAACUAUAUAUAACAACCUUGGCGGUGCCUAUAAGUCUCUCAGUGAAUUCAAAAAAGCAAUCGAGUUUUAUCAGCUGGCUCUAAGAAUCGCAAAAGAUACUGGAAACAAAGAUCAAGAAGCAACUAUAUAUAACAACCUUGGCGGUGCCUAUAAGUCUCUCAGUGAAUUCAAAAAAGCAAUCGAGUUUUAUCAGCUGGCUCUAAGAACCGCAAAAGAUACUGGAAACAAAGAUCAAGAAGCAACUAUAUAUAACAACCUUGGCGGUGCCUAUCAGUCUCUCAGUGAAUUCAAAAAAGCAAUCGAGUUUUAUCAGCUGGCUCUAAGAAUCGCAAAAGAUACUGGAAACAAAGAUCAAGAAGCAACUAUAUAUAACAACCUUGGCGGUGCCUAUAAGUCUCUCAGUGAAUUCAAAAAAGCAAUCGAGUUUUAUCAGCUGGCUCUAAGAACCGCAAAAGAUACUGGAAACAAAGAUCAAGAAGCAACUAUAUAUAACAACCUUGGCGGUGCCUAUAAGUCUCUCAGUGAAUUCAAAAAAGCAAUCGAGUUUUAUCAGCUGGCUCUAAGAACCGCAAAAGAUACUGGAAACAAAGAUCAAGAAGCAACUAUAUAUAACAACCUUGGCGGUGCCUAUAAGUCUCUCAGUGAAUUCAAAAAAGCAAUCGAGUUUUAUCAGCUGGCUCUAAGAACCGCAAAAGAUACUGGAAACAAAGAUCAAGAAGCAACUAUAUAUAACAACCUUGGCGGUGCCUAUAAGUCUCUCAGUGAAUUCAAAAAAGCAAUCGAGUUUUAUCAGCUGGCUCUAAGAAUCGCAAAAGAUACUGGAAACAAAGAUCAAGAAGCAACUAUAUAUAACAACCUUGGCGUUGCCUAUCAGUCUCUCAGUGACCUCGAAAAAGCAACCGAGUUUUAUCAGCUGGCUCUAACCAUCGCAAAAGGUACUGGAAACAAAGAUCAAGAAGCAACUAUAUAUAACAACCUUGGCAGUUCCCGUCAGUCUCUCGGUGAUUUGAAAAAAGCGCUCGAGCUUUAUCAGCUGAGUCUAAGAAUCGCAAAGGGUACUGGGAACAAAGACGGAGAACGAAGUAUAUAUAUGAAUCUCGGUAGUGUCUAUCAGCAUCACUGUGAUUUCAUAAAAGCAAGGAAAUUUUAUCAGCUAGCCAGAAGUAUAGCAAACGAGACUGGAAACAAAGAUGCAGAAGAACUUGGAUAUCAUAAUCUUGCUGGUGUUCUUUGGUCUCUUGGCGACUUCUUCGAAGCCGAGGAGUGUUUUAAAUCCUGUAUUGAACUGGUAGAGGAAAUGAGAGUCCUCCUUGAAGGAAACGACGAGUGGAAAAUCGCCUUUCGGAAUAAACGUGAUUCCGUUAAUAGUUUAGUGAGACUUCAAUUACAACAAAGCACCGAACGUAAGACACAUGAGGCUCUUUUAACAGCUGAGGCGGGACGAGCAGAAGCUCUCGUGGACCUCUUGGAAUUGCAAUAUGGUGUCAGGAAAUCGGUCCGUUCACUGUCGAAACAUCAGAAGGAACUUAUCAUUUCAAACCAUAUUUCGUCACCCACGCUAUUUCUAAUGAAUGAUACCCAAUCAAUGAAUAUAUGGAUGCUGUUAAAGGGGGGGAAGCUGUAUGACUUUGUGCAUCAGGGAGUUAGCAGUGAUGACUUGACAUCAGUGACUUACCAAACAUACAAACAGAUUGGUGUGAACAAAAGCUUGUGGAAAGAGAUUCGCCCCCAGCUGCAGAGAGAGAUCGAAGACCAGGGUGGUGCUUUAAAAGUAUUAUACGACAUAUUCAUCGCUCCAAUUUCACACUCGAUAGAAGGUGACGAACUCGUCAUUGUCCCUGACGGUUCAUCGUUCUUGAUUCCUUAUGCUGCCCUUGCGGACCAAAACUCCAGGUAUUUAUCUGAAACGCUUAGAAUUAGAUUGAUUCCAUCACUGACAACCUUGUGGCUGCUAGCAGAAUGUCCGGAGGUCCGCCAUAGUACAUCGGGGGCUCUACUUGUUGGCAACCCGUGGGUGAAAACUGUACGCAUCAAAGGCUGCAAACCGUUUCUGCAGCUUCCACGUGCCGAGGAAGAGGUAAAAAUGAUUGGACAGAUUCUAAACGUCAAGCCUCUCACUGGAAAGAACGCUACAAAAGAUAGGGUUUUAAGCGGGCUCAACUCAGUUUCUUUAGUGCACAUAGCGGCACAUGGUCGUACAGAGAACGGAGAAGUUAUUUUGUCUCCUAAUUUUCCCAGUGCCAAAAGACCUAAAAAGAAAGAUUUUCUUUUGACGAUGGCAGAUGUGUUGGAUGCAAAAGUGCACGCCAAGCUUGUUGUCUUGAGCUGCUACAACAGUGGUCGAGGAAAGAUUCAAGUAGAAGGAGUGGUUGGUAUUGCACGUGCCUUUUUAGGGGCCGGUGCGCGUUCUGUUAUUGCGACACUGUGGGCGAUUGAUGACGAAGCCACUCAUGCGUUUAUGAGACACUUUUACGAACAUUUAGUAGCAGGGCAAAGUGCAACUAUGUCGCUUCAUCAUGCUAUGAAAGAGAUGCGGGAGUCGGAAAAAUUCAAUGCCGUGAAGCACUGGGCGCCAUUCGUUCUGAUUGGUGAUGACGUGACAUUGAAUUUUGGCCAAUGA